GGUUUCGCUUAUUUUUAGCCCCAUUUGCGACCGCAGAACACUUUGAGCGGCCGUCCCGAACGGUUCCCCAAUCGUGCUGCUCGCCGCGUGCGUGACGUGUUGUUAGUGUGAGAGAAUUUUCCAUCUUUAGGGGCCCCUAGUUAGCGAUCAGUUUUCCAUCAGAUUCGAUACUUUCAGUGUUUUUUUUUUGCGGGAAACUGUUUGUUAAUUACAGUGCAAAGUGUCGAUAAUUCCGAUUCCGAUGAGUUUGUGAAUGAAAUCGAGCGAGAAGGUUUCAAACGCUUGCCGCAUUCAGUAAGAGGGGUCAUAUUUCGUGAGCACUGACGAAGGCAUAUGCGGCAAUGUGAAAAUUCGGGAGCGAGCAGCAAGUCCGACCCUGUGUGGCGAGCGUGAGCGUGGAAAAUUAUUUUUACCCCGAUCCCCGUGUGUGUCGGUUCGUUCGGUGUCUGUGCUAGUGCGUGGGACAGUUGGCCAACGGGGAACAUCGUGUCACAUCGCCCUACAGGAAUAGCUCGAUUGGUUUGGGUUUUUUUUUGCGUGGUGGUGUCUGGUGACUCUUGUGGUGAAUAAAUCCGCGUGCGUGCGAAUAUGGAUGCGCCCGGGAGCGGUGCAGUGCCGGUAGUGGCGAGACGGCGUCGUAGGGCAGCACGGCAGCUGCGUGAAUCAACGCCGGAUCCGGCACGCGAUGGAAGCGUUGGAAGUCAAUCGAACUCUUGCGAUGAUCGGGAGAGUGGUUCCGAAUCGGCCCGGGGGGGUGGUCGCAGCACGGUCGACAGCAGUCCGUCCUCUUCGAAGAAAAGUUUGAUCGAGCGAGCGUUCGAGUACGGGAGCUCGCAUCGGAAUAAAAUUCUAGCCCGAAAGGAGAAGAAACUGUCCAGCACCGUUGGGCCGAGAAGUCGAUCGGUGCCGCGGGAUGAGGGCGAUGUACCGAGCAGCCCCGAGAUAUUCUCACUGUUGCGACGGGCGAAGCGAAGUCUGUCGGCGGCACGCAAACCGAAAACCGACGACUCUAGCGAUGGCGGUCGCAUCUCCGACACGGAGGUCCGCAAACGCCGUGAACGUAUUGAACGAUUCCAGAGUGAACGAUCGCGCGAAAAUACCGACGGAAACACAGCUAGUCCGCUGCAAGCGAACCUGCAACGAUUCAACGAAGAACGGCGCAAAUUCGAGCUGGAAAAGUUAAAAUUCUUGCAGGAAAAGCGUGAGCUGGAUCGAAUGCGACUGAGGCGCUUUGAGAAGUACCGUGAAGAGAUGCUCGAGGAGCAAAGCCGUAAGCUGAAGGCGAAAUUGCAAGAAGAGCGGGCCAAGAGCAUCGAAGCUACACCGUUGCCACCGCUUGCACCGUCCGUUGCGCACAGGAGUCGCACACCAACGCGUCCAGCCGAUAGUUUGUCCCCGGUGGUGGGUAAGAAGAAGAUCUUGAUCGUACCGAAGACACGCUCCUCUAGCCGGUCCGCAUCGACCAGUGAAGAUGAGGGUCGCCUGUCGUCCGAUGAGGAGAAGAAACAAACGAUCCGGCGUCGGUUUUCCCCGCGGAAACCGAAACGACCGCGUUCGUCUAAGCUUGAGCCGGGUGCUAGACGUGCCCAACCGCGUACGGAUGGGAUAACAUCGCCCGAGUCGGAGCUGCCAUCGGAUUUCCAGCCGGAAGAGAACGAGAAGCUAGCGAGGCAUGACUCUCCGGUGGCGAAGGAACCUGAGAUGGUGAUCACUCACAGACGAGUGGCAGCGGGAGAGGAGGAUCAAGAGGAAAAGAAGGACCCUGAAGAGGUAGUCGCACCAUCAAAAGCAACCCUCGUGGAGGACUCGAAAACUGAUGAUGCUCCGGAAGUUAAUGGAAAGCUUGAGGCAAAGCAGGAGAAAGAAUUGGACCAGGAAACAACUCGAGAGGAAAAUGGCCUUAAGGUUCGACCACGACGAAGACCUCUCGUACUGUACGUAGAACAGCCAGGAGAAGUCUUCACCUGGAGACAAAUCUUCCACGAAUGGUACGAGAUGUGGCAGGACUUCCUGGACGAUCAGACGGAGGAAGUCAUCCGGAUACGCAUUCAAGUGAACCAUUGCCUGUUCUACUUCGCCGUAAUGGUUCUGCUGUGCGGUGUGGGAGGCAUCGCUUUCCGGCUGACCGAGGGUACGUUCGAGUCGCAGUACAAGUGUGGAGUGAAGCGCGUCAAACGGGAGUUCAUCGAUCAACUUUGGCUUUCCAGUCACAAUCAAAGGGAAGAGGACUGGAAGCUAUCGGCAAGGAAUCGUUUGCGAAAGUUUGAGGAAGAGCUCCAGAUUGCGUUCGAGGCGGGCAUGAAGUCGUACAGUGGCAACACGGCGUGGAACUUUGUAAACGGCGUUAUCUACUCGCUUACGGUGGUGUCAACGAUUGGAUAUGGACACAUCUCACCAUCAACGACAACGGGUCGAGCACUGACUAUUCUGUACGCGAUCAUCGGCAUACCAAUCUUCCUGAUAGUGUUAGCCGACUUUGGCAAGCUCUUCACACGAGGUAUCAAGUUCAUGUGGGCCUAUGUGCGCCGUCUCUACUAUACCGGAUCGUUCCGCAAGGUUCGCAAGACGACUCAAGUUCAGGAAGUGAUGAAAGGCCUAAAUGUGGUGUACGAUAUGGUGAGGAGACCUAGUACUGACAACGAACUGCAGGGUGCCACGACCACAACAGCUAUCCCAGUACAGCAACCGCAACAGCCUACUCCACAACCACAACCGUUCCAAAGGCCACCGGCUGAACCGCAACCAGCAGCCGCCAGCACCGGCAUCGAGACGAUCCCCGUUCCGGACACACCAACCACACCCGUACCGGAAACGUUCGAAAUAGACGACGAGUUUAAUCUCCCAAUCUCGGUCGCGAUCGCCAUUCUGGUCGCGUACAUGCUGUUCGGUGCCAACAUCUACUGCCGGUGGGAAAACUGGAGCUUCUUCGAGGCGUUCUACUUUGUGUUCAUCUCGAUCUCGACGAUCGGGUUCGGUGACUACGUGCCGCAGCAUCCGAUCUACAUGAUGUGCAGCAUACUGUAUCUGAUCUUCGGACUCGCCCUUACCUCCAUGUGCAUUAACGUGGUGCAGCUGAAGCUGAGUGAUAGCUUCCGGCAGGCCAGUGCAAAGAUCGGUGCCACCAUUGGGCUGCAGAUGGCGGAAGCGGCCUCCCAACAUCAACAUUCACCCGUACACACACCGAUCGAGCUGGCCGCCGUCCACACCUCCACCCCAACCAGUGCGGUGAACGUGAGUCUCAAGGAAACGCCAACCCUGCCAGCACGACCGUCCAGCUCCGUACCGAAGCCGGAUAAGAAGGAGUAACCGUGCACCUAUCCGUCCCAUCUGAAGGCUUUCGUUGCUCGAAGGCACGCACGGAACAAACGCACAAGUACAAGUACCGGGACAAGUCCUGGACUCGGAGAGACCCCGGAACAAGGAUGGACGAUUACGAUGGAAAACGCAAGCGCUCUUAUACUCUUACCAUUUAGCUAGGACCUAUCUAACAAAGGGAAAACAAAUGCAUUAUUAAGCAUCAGCGACACGUGCGAGGUGUAAAAAUGUGGAGGGGAAGAUUGUUAUUUAAUGUUUAGUUUAAGGACGAACCGUUGAUAGCUCGAUGGAUGCUGCCACUCAUGUGAAAGGAGAGAUGUGAAUGACGGCUUCAGUCGGCUGUAGGAAUAAAACAAAAUGUACGCUCAAAAGCGGGAAAGCUUCCAGCUUUGCUAUUUAAAAGGGUUUUUCAAUUGCCUGGAAUGUGUAUGAUCGAUAAAUAAACGCUGAAAAAAAUACAUAUAUUUUAAAACGAA